AUGAGCCAGAUCCCAGAGAAUAAGGCCGCCUGGCUGUCUGCCUCCGGUGUCACGCCGCUUGAGAUCGGCUCAGCGCCGUACACGUCACCCGGGCCUCACCAGAUCGUGGUGAAGAAUAGUGCACUGGGCAUCAAUUCGGUCGACUGGGCCAAGCAGAUGCUCGGCGAAGCCUUGUUAGCCCAUAUCAGCUAUCCCUUUAUUCUUGGCGAGGAUGUGGCCGGCACCGUUAUUGAGGUGGGCGAGGGAGUAGAGCGCUUCCGCGUCGGCGACCGUGUUGUGGCUGCGGCUGCUGCCAUCUCCACCAACACCUCCCUCGAAGGCGGUUUCCAGCUGUAUACAGUCAUCCGCGAGUGGCUGGCCGCACCACUACCAGACAGCAUUACCUUUGAGCAGGCCAGCGUAAUACCGCUGGCCAUCUUCACAGCCUCUCAUGGCCUGUUUGACACCGGCUACCUGGGCCUUGACUUACCCACCGUGCCUGCACGUCAGUCUAGCCGCGACAAGCGUGCUGUCAUCAUUACCGGCGGUUCAUCCGCCGUUGGUAGCACCGCCAUCCAGCUCGCCGUGUCCGCCGGUUACGAGGUUGUGUCGACGGCGUCGCCUAAGAACUUUGACUACGUUAAGAAGCUCGGUGCCUCCCACGUGUAUGACUACAAGGGUGACACAGUGAUCGACGAUAUCAGCGCUGCUGUUAAGGGGCUUCACCUUGCCGGCGGCUACUCCAUCGGCGACGGCUCUGUCGACCUGCUGGCUGCCGUACUAUCCAAGCACCAGGGCCCCUCUAUCAAUAAAUUCAUUGCUCUUGCUGGCGGCCAGCCCGGUGGCGGCAACAUUGACCCGAGUAUCGAGCUCAAGUUCAUCCUGCUUGGCCCGGACGCGGCCGGCUCCGGCUCUGUCGUGAGCAAAGUCUAUAAGAGCUACCUCCCGGAUGCACUCGCCAGCGGGCAGUUUGUGCCAGCACCCGAGGCGGUCGUCGUGGGCAAGGGGCUGGAAAAGAUCCAGGAGGCUUUUGGGAUCCACAUACAGGGUGUGUCAGCAAAGAAGAUUGUUGUGUCACUAUGA